AUGGCUACUGCCACUGUGACGGUGAUCGGAGCCGAGUCGGUCCAGCUCUCGAACCCUGACCGAAGCCCGGAGAACGAAUGCGCAAAGUUGUCCGCCAUCCCAGAUGCAGAGAAGAUGCCGGCCUUCAAAUCUCUAGCACUGAUGAUGUACUUCGCCGCGCUGAGCUCCAUCAACCUGGUGAUCACCAUCCCCACGGCGCACGACUACGCGGACCGCCUGGGGGCCGGCGACCUCUUCGCCGGGCUCAUGAUCGGGCUGGUGCCGCUGUGCUCCAUCAUCGGGUCAGUGGCGAACACACGGCUGCUGAGCUUUCUGCCCAUGAAGACCGUUUGGGUCGUCCUCUGCCUGGGCAACGUGCUCGGCUGCAUCCUCUACGCGCUGGCGGGCUUGAUGCGCUUCAAGUGGACCUUGCUCGGGGCGCGAGGCCUCAUGGGCCUUUGCAGCGCCUUCAACAUCCCGGGCCUCUACAUCUCUCUGACUGUGGGCACGAAGCGGCGCAGUGAGGUGCUCUUCUACUACUCGGCCUGGCUCACCUUGGGCUGCGCCGCUGGCCCGGCCUUGGCCGCCCUCCUGGAGGUCUUCAUGAAGUUUACGAAGAUCAACAACCUGGUGCUGGACUCUGACACCAUCCCCGGGUGGUUCAUGGCGGUCGUGUACCUCUUCUUCUCCGUCAAGGUGCUCAUCUUCUUAGAAGAGCCCACCAGUCUCCGAGGCCCCGAGGCGGCGGAGCCGGUGCGCCGGAUUCCGCUGAGCUGGCAGCAGUUGGCGGCCUGCUGCGCUUGCUUUUGGCACCUUAGCGUGGGCGCUGCAGUGAACACUGGGGUGGAGGUGUAUGCGGUGAGCGUGCUGCAGCAGGUUUUAGGUUGGAACAUCUCAGCGAGCGCUUUGUUCGUGGCCGGGCUCAUGCUGAUCUGCGGAGUGUUCAACCUCAGCCUGGGGCGGCUGCUGCGGUUGGUGCCCUGCAGCGACAGCAAGGGCCUUGUGGUGGGGGAUGCCUUGGCCUGCCUCGCCUGUGUGAUGCUCUUCAACUUCGACGUGCAUGCUGUGACGGCGCAGAUCUCGCUGAUGGGCCUCGGCCUGCUGGCGGUGCUGAUCUUCGCCAACCUGGUCCGCGCCUUCGCCCUGAGCAUCGCCACCAAGGUAGUUCCGCCCAGCGCCACCAAGGCGGUGACCACCUGGGCGGCGCUGGCCAUGUCUCUGGGCCGCGGCGCGGGGGCCGUGGUGGGCUCUGUGCUGAACGUCGACUCCUUCGCCCCUGUGCUGCUCUGCAUGUUCAUGGGAUCAUUGACGGUCGGGCUCGUAGCACGGAAGUACAUGAAGACGGAGAUCAAGGCGAGCUAG